AGCUACCCAUCUACCUUCUCAUCUAGCUUCUUCACCAGCUACCCAUUUAACUUCACCGGCUACUCAUCUACCUUCAACACCCAGCUUUAUCUCGUGAGCAGUUACAAUGCCACGUGGUAAAUCGUCCCGCCGUUCCCAGGCUGCAAAGCUACGCGUGGCUGGGACACGUGUGGGACAUCAGCAGCCUGGCAAUGCCAGUUUCGCACCCGCUGGCGGUACGGGUAACCGCCAUAGAGUGCAGAAAUGGCCAAUUUCGUCCCUGACAGGACGACAACACAAGAUGGUCAUACCAGCGGAGUCUCCAGACAAGGAAUUUGUCCUCCUUGUUGGAGCUUCACAUCUCCGUUCCAUCGUCGAUGGAAUUGUGAAGAUGCCAGAGGGAAGGUUUUCCUUUGGUGCCAUGUCCACACCGGGGGCAUGCGCAACCCAGCUGCGAACCGAGGCAGCCAAUGCUGUGCUGCCUAGGACACCAGAUGCAGUCUGUGUGAUGGCUCCGAGCAACAACCUGACAUCCAGUAGGACCAUCACCGAAGCAGGAGAGGACUUUGCGAAGCUCCUCGCCACUGCCUGCAGUCGCUGGCCCAACGUUUUUGCCAUGGACUUCCCCCCGCGCCUUACCGUUGACCCUGACUACCAAGACAUGAUGCGUCAGGAAUUUCGUCGUGUUGCGGCACGUAUGGGCGUGAAGUACACACCGCUUGCAGAGUACUUCCCUUUCAAAGAACUUGACCUGUGGAGCAGAGAUGGCGUGCACUUGAGUGACAGUGUGGGAAUGCCAAUCCUGGUCGGUUCUAUCUGGAACGCAACAUACUUAUUUCACAGGAAUUGGAGGAGAGUUAUCUUCCACUGA